UUUUAUACUUGAAUAUCGAGCUGGCGGUGCGCACGCCAAAUAUCAGCGCAACACCUCCCUCGCUUGCGCCGACGCGACUGCGGUGCCUCUGUGCCAGAGUCCCAUCACCCCUUCAAGAGCUAUCAGGCGCGAGCUCGAUUUUCGCCUUCGGUAUAUAAAGCGCCCGGUGGCGGCGAACUGUGCUACGUCAACUUGGGCACGCGACGUCAGGACCGAGCCACGGGGCCUGCGGCGGGGCGGCUUACUCCGACCGAUGCCCGGUGUGCAGAAUGCCUUGUGGACAGCUGUGGACAGCUCAGCUACCAGCUGUGCACCCACAUGCAGGCACAGAACAUCGGCCGCUGGGCUCUGUCCGCGUCCACCUAGAAGCAGCAGCUGCGCAGCCCACUGUAUGGUGCUCUCCAGACCUGCUGCCGCCCGCGAUGCAGCCAGCCCCACAUGCGGCGCCAGCGGCUGCUGGCAUCCCCGGACGCCUGCGGUCGCCGCGUGUCGCAGCAGCCUUAGUCAGGGGGAACUUCGUUGCAACCGUGAACGGCGCGCGUGCAGGGCACGCGUCGUGUUGGGUAGCGCUGCUGCCACGGUGGCAGCUGCUACUGCCACCACAUGCCCAGCUACUGCCCCAGCUGUGCGCGAGCCGGCGAGGUCGGACGCCUGGGCUCUCAUAGCGAGCCGGCGGCGGGUGACUUGCGCAUCCAGCGCCCCUACGGAUUGUGGCGGCUCGUACACUGGGGCGGCGGGCGGAGGCGGCGGGCAGGUGGUUGUGUACGAUCUGUCAGACCAGGUUGUGGAUUACGAGAAGGCGUGGGCCUGGCAGCGCGCGCUCCUGGCCCGGGCCACAGCAGCGGUUGACGCGGGCCGGCGCGGCAGCUGCAACGCAGUCAUUUUGCUGCAACACCCCCCCGUCUACACGCUGGGCACGGGCUCAACCCUAGACCACCUCCGCUUUCCACCGGGUGCGCCGCCGAUCCCGCUGUACCGCACGGAGCGCGGCGGGGAAGUGACGUAUCACGGUCCCGGCCAGCUGGUGCUGUACCCCGUGCUGGACCUGCAGUCGCCGCCUCUGCGGCCCGACCUGCACUGGUACCUCCGGCAGCUGGAGCAGGUUGUGAUCGAGGCGCUGGACGCCGUGUCGGGCCUCACAGGCGGCCGGGAGGACGGCCUCACGGGGGUGUGGGUGGACGGGGCCAAGGUGGCAGCCAUCGGCGUUAAGGCCAAAAGGUGGGUGACAUUUCACGGGCUGGCGCUGAACGUGGUAACCGACCUGGCGCCCUUCCGCACCGGCCUCAUCGUGCCCUGCGGCAUAGCCGACCGGCCCGUCACCAGCGUGGUGGAGCUGCUGGCGACGGCGGCCGCCGCCGAGGACCCUUUUGCUGGGGUGGCGGCAGGUCCGGGGCCGGCGGCGAGUGGAGAGGCGAUUCCGCUCGUUGAGGCAACGCAAGAGGACCUGCGGCGCAUGCUGGCAGCUGCGGGCAUGAGCCCGCUCGUCAUCACCGAGUCGCCGCCGCAAGGCGCCAGCGAUACCGGCGCCCCCGCUGGCGGCACUGCGGCGCCGGCCUGGGAUUCAGACGACCCCUUUGCACCUUCCGCCGAUGACCCGUAUGCGGCGGUAGCGGCUGAGCCGCCUAGCCACGCUGCCGACACCGGGAGGGCUCCUGGGGCCGAGGAGGAGGCACAGCCGUCGGCCAGUGGCGGCGGCAGCGAUCAGGGGGGAGGUGGGCAGCGCUGGUCCGUGCGCAGCGAGUGGACCGAUUCGGAGCGGCUGCUGUUGCGGGAGUACGGCUGUGCGCUGCUGGCGGCGGUGGAAGAGGUGUUUGGGCUGGAGGCUGUGGCGGGGGAUCCUGGGGAGUUGGAGCUGUUGGCGCAGGAGCUACUGAAGCAGGAGGUGGCAGCCGCGGAGGGGGCAGAGCGGAGAGGGGAAGGGGCGGUGGACACGGCGGAAGCGCGGUAGGCCUAUUGGCCCAGAAGUGAGAGGGCAACACACACCGCCCGUCCGCCCGCCACGCGCACACUGAGGCCUCUGGAUGACUGGUGCGGGCUGGCCAUUGUGUAAGCAGACCGAAGU